UUUUUCAAUUCUUUUCGAGUGAACUUUCUAAGCUCACGGAGCGUUCGUGUAACGUAAUUUAAAUCCAUAGUCAUCGGCUUGGAUUUAAUUUUAUUUUAGAAUUUAUAAAAUAAAAGCCGAAGCAAAAUGCCGCCUAAGUUCGAUCCCAAUGAAAUUAAAAUCGUAAACCUAAGAUGUGUCGGUGGAGAAGUCGGUGCCACAUCCUCCUUGGCUCCUAAAAUCGGUCCUCUCGGUCUAUCGCCCAAAAAGGUUGGUGACGAUAUCGCCAAGGCCACCGGAGACUGGAAGGGUCUGAAGAUUACCGUGCAGUUGAUCGUACAGAACAGACAAGCACAGAUCUCUGUCGUCCCAUCUGCAGCUGCUUUGGUCAUCAGAGCACUGAAAGAACCGCCACGUGACCGCAAGAAGCAAAAGAACAUCAAACACAAUGGAAACAUCACCUUAGAAGAUGUCAUUGGAAUCGCCAAAAUCAUGAGGCCGAGAUCUAUGGCCCGACAACUGUCUGGCACAGUAAAGGAGAUCCUAGGAACCGCACAGUCUGUUGGCUGCACCAUCGACGGACGUCCCCCACAUGAUCUCAUCGUGGACAUCAACAACGGAACACUUACCAUUGAUGAAUAAAUUAUGAGAUCAUA